AUGAAAGUCCCCUUCGUGCUCACAUCAUUCUGGUUCUCCUUGAUUCUGGGCCAACAAGUCCCUGAAUGUAGUCGAGAGCUUGCGGCAACAGAUGAUUGCGCCGAUGUCAUCAACGCCAAUGCCUGCUACAAUCAAUUCCGGUUUCGGGACAAUCAAACACUAUCAUGUAUCGGCGGGGCGAAUAAUGACGAACGAGCUAAAAAGGUAUUAGACGAAUUCUUUACGCGGAGCUUGGGUGCGCCAGAGCUUGAGGGUGUGGAUUGGAUUGCUGUAUUAGUCGAUACUCUCGACGUCGAGGCUAUCACGAAGCCUACGAGAGCACCAGUAGGAAAACCAACUUCAUAUCUUUUUCACGGCUGGGGCAUUGAAGAUGUCUUCAAGUUUUCCCGUAAGCAUUUCGAUCUCAGGCACGGGAUUGUUUCUGGGCACCUAGUCAUUCUUGAUGAACAGACUAUGCAAGAUAAGACCUGCCUGUUGGUGACGCUAAAAGAAGGCCGCGAGGCCGAGGGUGAGUGGUUUACUGUUAGGGCAGACUUUCGAUCAUCCUUGGUACUUCUUAAUCUAAAAUCCUUAGGUGUUGGUGGAGAUGGGCAUUUCGAAGUCGCCGGUCCCGACGGAGUAAUUAGACUUGGAUGA